AUGUGUAGUGGGAGAAGUACAGUGACAGCUGCUUUAUUCAUCAUCGAAUUUUUACGGAAAUUCAAAUGCACCGGAUUGCAGAAGAUCGAGAGUGUAGCGAUUUUGUGGAGAAAUCAGGUGGGAAAUGAAACACUAUUACGCUCGCCAGGAAGUAUCGAGCAUUCGUCGGCUGCAAUAUUAGAUUUCAACCACGGCUACCCUUUAGAUGAAUUUUAUCUAAGCUUAGGCUCCAUUUUCUCUCCUAAUGCGGCAACUGGCUGUUGGCGGUGCGUUUCGAAUCCUACAAUGACUGUGGAAGCUUUUCAGAUACAAGAUCCGGGAUUCGCUCUAUAUGUAAGGCUUCCUCAUAUCAUGUUUACUUUUGCUCGGAUUGGUAUUAUCAUUCCAAUUACGGGGUAUUUUAUGUCUGCGCAUGUUUACAAGUUAAUCAGAGCCGCUGUUAAGGAUGUAGCUUUCCAAAUCUCUGUUCCGACACUAUGUCAUGAGCAUCGGCUCUCUACAUCUAGCCACCUCGAUCACACGUUUAUCACAGCUCUAGAGAGAGCUACUCGCUCUCCUCUCUAUCUUCAUACGUCAGCCAUUUCGCUGAACACACCCUCGGGAAAACCAAGUCAAGCAGAGGUCGCGUUCCUGGCUGAACUUGGCCGAGCACGGUCGACUUGCCCACCUUCCGAGGUCUCCAAGCUCUGA